CAGGGCGAGGCUGGCAGUUGGGCGCUCCAAGACCCAGCCCUCGGCCCUUGCUGCUCCCCGUAUUGUGGCCGCAGGACGCCUCGCCGCCGUCCUAAGCUGUCCCCGCAGAUGUCAGGAGCUAUCUUUGCGCCCCUGGAGGGCCCAGGCGCCCUGGACGCUGCGAGUGGCCACCCGCUCGUGUGCCCACUGUGCCACGCGCAGUACGAGAAGCCGUGCCUGCUUGACUGCUUCCACCACUUCUGCGCCGGGUGCCUACGCGGCCGCGCCGCCGACGGUCGCCUCUCCUGCCCGCUGUGCCAACACCAGACGGUGGUGAAGGGCCCCAGCGGGCUCCCUCCGGUGGACCGGCUACUGCAGUUCCUCGUGGACAGCUCAGGGGAUGGCCUGGAGGUGGUGCGCUGUGCCAACUGUGACCUGGAGUGCAGCAAGCAGGACGCUGAGACCACGUACUUCUGCAACACGUGCGGGCAGCCGCUUUGUGCGCGCUGCCGCGACGAGACGCACCGGGCACGCAUGUUCGCGCGCCACGACAUCGUGGCCCUGGGCCAGCGCAGCCGUGAUGUGCUCCAGAAGUGCACGCUGCAUACUGAGCCCUACAUCAUGUUCUCCACCGACAAGAAGUCGCUGCUGUGCAUCCGCUGCUUCCGGGACAUGCAAGGAGAGAGCCGGGCCCACUGCGUGGAUCUGGAGUCGGCCUAUGUGCAGGGCUGCGAGCGGCUGGAGCAGGCGGUGCUGGACGUGAAGGCCCUGCAGAUGGCCACACGGGAGGCCAUCGCGCUGCUGCAGGCCAUGGUGGAGGAGGUGCGACGCAGCGCGGCGGAGGAGGAGGCCGCCAUCCACGCGCUGUUCAGCAGCAUGCAGGACAAACUGGCGGAGAGGAAAGCGCUGCUGCUGCAGGCUGUGCAAAGUCAGUAUGAGGAGAAGGACAAGGCUUUCAAGGAGCAGCUCUCCCACUUGGCCACUCUGCUACCCACCCUGCAGGUUCACCUGGUCAUCUGCUCCUCCUUCCUCAGCUUGGCCAGCAAGGCCGAGUUCUUGGACCUGGGCUACGAGCUGAUGGAGAGGCUGCAGGGCAUUGCCAAGCGACCGCAUCGCCUCCGACCGGCUCAGAGCAGCAAGAUCGCCUGUGACCACCGCGCUGAGUUCGCGCGCUGCCUGGAGCCGCUGCUGAUGCUGGGGCAGCGCCGCGCGGCCGGAGCCGGAGGCGGGACCAACAUGCUGGCAGGGGUGUCAGGCCCCAAGGUGCUGAUGGGGACCAGCUGCCCUUCCCCAGUGGGGAAAAUGUUGGGAUCGCCAGUCCAGAAGCCCACGCCACACCGGUCCAUCAGCACCAAGGUGUUGCUGGCAGAGGGCGAGGAUACGCCUUUUGCAGAACACUGCCGCCACUAUGAGGGCUCCUACCGGUACCUGCAGGCGGAGAUGCAGAGCCUGAAGGACCAGGUCCAGGAGUUGCACCGGGACCUCACCAAGCACCACUCACUCAUCAAGGCUGAGAUCAUGGGAGACAUCCUGCAGAAGUCUCUGCAAGUAGACGCACAGAUCGCCUCAGAGCUGGCUUCCGUGGAGAGGCUGAGAGCAGUCUUCCAGGAGAUGUGGGAAGAAUCCUAUCAGCGGGUAGCUAAUGAGCAGGAGAUUUAUGAAGCCCAACUCCAUGACCUUCUCCAGCUGAAGCAGGAGAAUGCCUACUUGACCACCAUCACCAAGCAGAUCACGCCCUAUGUCCGCUCCAUUGCCAAGGUGAAGGAGCGCCUAGAGCCCAGGUUCCAGGUACCUGUGGAUGAAGACUCCCAGCACCUACAGAACACUUACGAUGGCAGCGUGGAUGGCGAGGCCCAGGCCAGGAAUGAUCCAGUAAGUGUCACGGAAAAGAGAGAGACCUCAGAGCCCAGAGGAAGCAGCCGGACUCUGACCAGCCUCACAGAAGAGCCUCCAGGGAACAACAAAGACCCUCACAGACCCAAACAUAAAACCGGGGGUGACGCCCCCCCGCGGAGGGAGCACCCUGCGUAGCAAACGGGGCUGGUCCUGUGGCACCGCCUUUUACAACAUGCACAUCAAGACUGGGACGUUAAGAAAAGGGGUGUUCCCAACAUGAUUUUUCACAAGGGUCAUCAUUUAUUAGCAGUAAAACCCAGAAACUCUCUGCCAGGUCCUUCCCGGUGACAGGGGCUGACGUCCCAGUCCACAUGCAAACUGUUACAUGAGUGAACUCGCAGCGUCAAGCCCCGCCGUCGCCCAGCAGCUCCCCAUGCCUGUGCGUGGACAGUGCCCACAUAACCUGCCUGCCUGUCAGGACGAGCCUCUCUGACUUGAGAUAACAAGGCUCCACCCACCACGGUGAUACACCUGCACCUUGCCCUGCCCGUUUCUCCCGAACCACAGCCCCACUGGAAAGUUCCAUCAUCUGAGCAAGGACCUGUGUGUGCUGUCCAGCUUUCUCCCUUCAGGGCAAGGACUGAGCUCAGAAAGCAAAGGGAGAGCAUCCGGCAGCAUGCAUGACAGGGAACGGUCCCCUUCACACCUUCACUACUUUUCCAGGCUGCUGUCACUCUCCUGGGUUCCUUCCGCUGAUUAUUACAGCACGAUUCAGCCACUUCUCUCUCGUCGUUUUCCACUCCUACCUACACAGUACCCUUUUAAUCAAGUGGAACUUAGUAAAUGCUUUUUAAAAACUAACCUGAAUGACCUAACAUGUACAGUUUUGGAGGCGAAAUGAUGCCCAGUCACACUUUCAGCAAGUAUCCACCUUGAUUCAGUGGUUCAAACAGCGAAUGCGUUCUCCUUACCGGUGCAGGUGCAGCAACCCGCGAGCACAUCCCACGGAGCCAUGCCACGCCCCUGCUCUUGCCGUUCCCACGCCGAAGCCUCACAACUUCCACAGGGGCCUGACGGGCCGCGGAGUGCCUGCUGAUGUUCCGGCAGGCGUGUCCACGCCGGAGGAAGUCUGCCCAC